CUUUCCUCUUCAAGGUUGGCAGGUCUGUCUUGGCAUAACCUUAAAAUCUAAUUAGGAAAAAUCCCAAAGCGGUUAGGACUCGGGCAAUCGGGAUAGGCAAGACCCGGCGCACCCCCAGCCACAAGGACGUUUUUCAUUGGUCCAGUCCAUCUAGUUAAAACCAUUCCAAUUCAAACUGCUGCGCGCUUAGCUUAUCAAGCUCCAAUUUCACAAUCAAUCAAUCAAUUUCCCUAUCUCCCUAUCUUGCGCAAUCGACUCUCAAACUGCUGCUACACCACUACAUACCUGCAUACUACAUAUUUUUUACUAGUUAUGUACCUACUAAGUUGUAUGUAGUAGUACCUAAAAUAAAAAACCACCACCACCACCACCACCAUGUACCAUCUAGCCAAAUCCCUCUACCUGCUCGCGCGGAGCCGAGAGGAAUACUCAGUCAUACUCCUGGGGCUCGACAACGCCGGCAAGACGACGUUCCACGAGCAGGCCAAGUCGCUCUUCCUGCCGGAGCACCCGGACCCGAAGCUCAAGACGGUGCCGACGGUCGGGCAGAACGUGUCGACGCUGACGCUGCCGGACAUGUACGUCAAGAUCUGGGACGUGGGCGGGCAGCUGAGCCUGCGCAAGCUGUGGCAGAGCUACUACGCCAGCUGCCACGCCAUCGUCUUCAUCAUCGACAGCACCGACAUCGGCGACGGCACCCUCGAGCACGACAGCUCCGGCCGCCUCGACGAGUGCCGCCUCGUGCUCGAGGACGUCCUGCAGAACUCCGAGACCGAGGGCGUGCCGCUGCUGAUACUGGCGAAUAAGCAGGAUCGCGAGGACUGUGUCGAGGUCGUGCGCAUAAAGGAGGGCCUGGUGAAGAAGGUGUUCGAGGGCGAGAAGGCGUCCAGUAUUCGCGACUCGAGAGUCUUGCCCGUGAGCGCGCUGACGGGGACCGGGGUAAGAGAAGCUGUCGAGUGGGUGAGGUCGAGGGUGAAGUGGAAUAAGGAGUCAAGACCACCGGUGAUGAGGUAGAGUCUUGGAAGGAAGACUCUAGAUAAUUCGGCAAAACGGUGUUAUUUGGUUAUAUAGGGGCUCGGGUCGGGUUUGCAUUCAGCGACAUAGAAAAGGCGUUCUGGAACU